CGCCUGGCGCACCAGCAGAGUGUUUUUCUGAGAAAAUGCGCAACGUUUUUGCGAAGAUGAAUCAACUACUGACCGUCACCAAAAUGUGCACUAUCAUCAAGAAACACGGUGGAUCUGAUCCUGAAAUCAUUUUACCUGCAGUGCAAAGAGCGAAGUACGAAAAAGCGAGGCUACUGCAGGAGAAACAGAUGAAGUUGAAGGCGCCAGACUUCCCAGAUCCAAGUAUACAAUUGGGUGUUGGCGGACUCCUCCACCUUGAGGGUGGUGUAGAUCUUCAUGAUGUUGAAAUGUCCUCGCAGGCGAAAGCGCAAGAAAUAGAAAGUAGUGCUGUGGAGAAGAUUCCCCUUCUCGGGGGAGACGACACAGAGGAUGAAGAUGCAACUGAGGAGGAGCAAGAGGGUGCUGGCGAAUCUGGA